AUGCAGGACCUCGACGUCGUGAACGAGUUCAAUCGGGUGGAUCGACAAGUCUACGCAGAGCUGCAGCGUGUGGCACCUGGGAAUCCAGUCUCUGCCUAUGCGUUAGUCUCCUGGUCAGCCUUUGACAAUGCGCUCGAGGCCUCUGGCGGUACUGCUAGUGUCGAAGCCUACGAAGUUCAGUACGCAGUGUCUGGGUCAGGCGUCUGGCAGUCGCUGGGGGAUUCACUGACCGGAUUUCGCGUCGACUUGGGUGCUCAAGCCACGGAACACGUGCCCAAGCAGCGUAUUUUCACUCGUGCAGACGAUGGCGAGUCCAUCAACGAUGGGUAUUUCAGACUUGGCUUGUCGUAUGAAGGCUCCAGUCCGAGUAUCCUGGGCGGACGAGCUACUGCUGGUGUGGUGACGCCUCCGAUCGCUUUUGACGCCAGUGCAGACGCCAUGAAGACAGCGAUCGAGUCUCUGGAGCAGGUCACACAGGUGCAGGUGGAGAGGAAUGCGCUGGACGCUGAUGGAGCGUUCGAGUGGAUCAUUCUCUUUGAUCUCGUGGCGUACGACGGCGAAGAUCCGCUGCCGUUGCUGUCGCUGUAUACAGAGACGGUGUCAGCUCAGUGGACUGGAGACGGAGACCAAGUAGCUGUUCAGUAUCUGCGCAUGGCUCCGAGUUCUCCUGAUCGACAUGGACGUAUUUGCUCGGAUGAAUGCAGCUACCAAGUCACGGGACUGCAGACUGGUCGAGCCUUCAGCUUCCGUGUUCGAGCGCAGUAUUCGUACGCUAUUGGCUGGAGUUCAUGGAGUGCAAGUAGUGAACCACUGGAGAUCCCAGCGACGCCAGUACCGCGAGCUCCUUCAACCCCCGAGCUACUAGCGGCAACGACUUCUCAUGUCACGAUCUCGUGGCGUAUGCGUCGAGAACUCACGCAGGAAAAUGGCAUCUUUGCUAGGGAAUUCUUCCCCGUCACCAGCUUCCAGGCUCAGCAACAAUGCGACAGUGAGAUCGGCUGGACUACGAUCAGUGAGCGUAUACCGCCGGGGUUUAGUGGCAACAGUGACACCUUUGUAACUGUUGUUGCGUCCUUGGAUCGUCCGCCAGGUUCCACCUGCGAGUUUCGAGUUGCUGCGACGAAUGCCAACGGCCAAGGACCUUUCAGUUUGCCUUCAGCCAAAUUCACAACGUUGCAAACAGCUCCGGGUGCUGUGGCGAACUUACGGGUAGCUCGAAACCCGCUUACUGUGGUCUGGAACACGCCUGAGGUGCUGGGCGGACAUGCACUGGAAGAGCUAACCUACGAUGUGGAAUACCGCACAACUCUCGGCUCGACGUGGACGCGAUUGCCAGCUGAGCUGGUGGACUGCAGCAGUCGACUCGCCAACAUCUCAAUGACGUCGCUGAAAGGAUACACCACGUACGUCACGCGCGUCAGAGCGGUAGCUGAACGGCAAGCUGGUAGCUUCUCCCAGUCCGCAGAGUUCCUGACAGAUUACACGGUUGAAGACGAAUCGAACAGCGACAACGUCAAGGAUUUAACCCUUGGAACACGCCAAGUGGUGAUUGCUGCAGCUCGUCAGCAAUGCGCUAACACACAGGACUGGUACUACGUCCAGUUGACUGGGAACGGCGGCAGUGGCGGCUCUACCAGUGGCGAUGAAGCCAAACCUGGCGAGCACGGAGCUGUUCUUGUCUUUCCAGUCACGUGGUCGGGCGAAAGACUGGCGGAACAUUCUUUUUUCUACACGGGAAGUGUCCAGACCUAUCGAGUUCCAAUUGACCAGUCUGCUCCUCAUCUUGCGCAUCGAAUUGUUGCUCUUGAUGUCUACGCUUGGGGCGCUGGGGGAGCUGGUGCGAGGUCUUCAAACGGAGCUUCAAGCGACUUGAGUAACGGCGGAGGAGGCGCCUUUGCACGUGGAGUUUUCCGUGUCAGUGCCGGUGAUGCUGUGGACAUUUUAGUUGGCGGUGGAGGCCUUCAAGACGGUCGGGGUGGGUUCAACGGCGGUGGAAACGGCGGCACAGGCGAUUUCCCAGGCGGCGGAGGCGGUGGCGCGUCUGAAGUGCGCGUAAAUGGACGAACAGCCGUCGUAGCUGCUGGAGGUGGCGGUGCGGGCUCGACGGAUUACUGUUGUGCCCCAUGGAGGAGGCGGCGGUGGCUUGGAUGA